ACAAAACCCGUGAUUAACUUCUGGAAAAGACAUUUCCGACUUGUUUUAUUCCCAUUGAAAACCAAUCAAAUCGUUUACACAGAGCUCCAAGGAGUACUACUAUUUGCCACUGUCUAUGCUAAGCUUACAAUAAAAUCCAAGAAAAUGAAAAGCCGACUAUCUUCUUGCGAUGAAGAUGAGUACUACUCAUCGAGAAUGGUGUCCCACUGGUGGAGAUCAGCUGCGAAGUUUGAUGAAUGUGUUAAGCUCAAGCUUGACCUCCCCGACGUUUCUCGUCUCACACCUAGACUCAGACUGCUUAGGGAGAUGGAGAGAUUGGCCUUAAUUGCAUCUGAAGGACUCAAUGAGCUUCGACACAAGCUUCUUAACUAUAGUUCUGGUGACUUCUGGGUACCCGCUGGAGGGAUUAAAAAGGAGGAGAUGGACAUUCCACCGGUGAUCACUAUUCUCUUAGUGGGUUUUUCUGGUUCAGGGAAAAGCUCUCUUAUCAACCUUAUGUACAGUGUUCUUAGUCGCUCUGGACUCUUACUCUUCGCUCAAACAUCAUCAGUAAGUUCUUGCGAUUCGACAACCAUGUACAUGGAAGAGCACAAUGUGUUGAGGUCAAUGCGAAGUGGGUUCUGCGUGUAUGAUUCGAGGGGGUAUGAUUAUGAUAGAUUGAGUGAAGGACUAGAGGAAUUGUCUUUUUUAAUGGGGGAAGGGGUUCACCAUAAUCAGUUGUGCUUGAGAUCAGUCGACUAUUCAUCGACGAGAAAUGACGUUGAUGCUGAUUAUGUGAGAUCAUCUUCUAAGUUCGUACAGAGGAGGGUGAAUUGUGCAAUGGUAGUUGUUCACAUGGCAGAGAUCUACAAAGCUUUAAAAGCAAGUGAUUCUAAGCCAUUAGAGGCCACCAGACAGCUCUUCUGCACACCCGAGUUGCGAAAAUGCAAUGAGAAUCCUAUCUUGAUAUUAACCCACGGUGAUAUGUUAUCAACCGAAGAGAGGAUCGAUGCUAGGCUGAAAAUAUGUGAAUGUCUUGGUAUAUCUGAGACGAGUGGGGUGUAUGACAUUGUAUGCCUCACAGAGUAUGGAUUUCCCGCUGAAGAAUGUGAUCCUGUUUCAGCCUAUGCUGUAACUGAAGCUGUGUACAGGGCAUUACUAAUCUCAGACAGGGGCCACUUUCCAAAAAAUAAUCUCCAAGACUGGACAAUUCUUAUAUUGUCAUGGCUUAUGUGCUUCAUUGCCUCUGUUUUCCGUUUCCUUGCUGAUAUAUGCUCCACACUCGGAGGGAGGAAUAAUAAACUGAAGUUGUGAUAGAGAUUGUUGUAGAAGGGAGGAAGCAUAUUUGCUUUGUAUAAUAAUGCCGAACUACUAAUGACUAAUGACUAGGCGAGUGAUAAGUAUUAUGUAUCUCCAACUUUGGAAGACUCUGUAAAAUGAAGUAGGCUAAUUUAUUGA